AUGACAUCAGCAAGCAAGAAAAAGGAAUUCCUAUGCAUCUUGCCAGACCGGCCUGAUGUUCUAGCCAUACGGAAAAAAGUCAAAAGUGGUCACUAUCAAGGGAUUCAGCCGUUGAUUGCCGAUGGAAAACUUGUUGACGGAGGUGCGAUCUUUGCGGAGCAUCCUAAGGAGGGCAAGGACCCCCAGUUUCUCGGCAGUGUCGUGGUUUACACGGGCGAAAGUACCGAAGAUGUUCGGCAGAUUAUCAAGAAUGAUAUCUACGCUACUAGUGGAGUGUGGGAUAUUGAAAAAGUACAAAUCUAUCCAUAUGUGCCAGCAGUCAGACAGCCACUCCCAUGA